UGCAAGGUACAGAGAAAACCGAGGCGCAUAAGCUGUUGUUAUAACAGUCUCUUCCUCUCCCCAUUAUCUUAUAGAGGCUUGGCUGUUGAAACCUGCGAUUUCAGAUACACAAGAACCUAGUCACUCUCCUGAAGCCCAAGAACCAUGUGACCAGCAUGGGUCAUGUGAUUCUGUAGCGCGGUCGCUUAAGUGUGUUACCUAGACAACUGUCAGGCCCCACCAGACAAGAACAGGCGCAAUCAGCUACAAAGAGCUGUCAGUUUGGCAUGCUUGCUUUGGGCAGUGAAAACUAUUGAAUAUGGCUCAUUAUUCCAAAGAAAAGCUGGAUGAAGAAUUUGAACAGUUCAUGAAAGAGCUUUCAGAUGAUUCUGUUGAAAGUUCAAAUAAAACAUCUGGUCAGUCUGAGAAAGUCAUGAAGAAGAAAGACAUAGUGCCAUGGUGGAUGACUGAAGAUGACUUUGAAGAUGGUGGACUGCUUGGAACAAAUGUAAGCUAUUUGAAAACCAAGACGAUUUCUCAGCCUAUUAUGGAACUAGAAGAGGAAUCUGCAGAAAAGAUUCAAUUUCUUAAGAGCAGUGGGACCUCUGUCUUAAGUGCUGACAGCUUAGAAACAAAUGAGAUAAUAGUUUCUGAAGUCAAUCAUAGUGUUAUUGGAUUGGGAUUGGACACAUUAGAAGAACAAGAGGAAAAAGAACAAUUUUUUGCCAGACUUGAGAAAGGCUUAACAUCAUCCAUUGACUAUUCAAGAUUAAAUAAGGAAUUGGAUUCAAAUGACUCCACUCAUUUUAAAGCACUACAUAGCAAUCAAGCUAACUUUGAACUAAUGGAAGAGAAACAUGAAGAUGAAUCAAAACAUGAAGAGCUGUCAGAAGAUUAUAGUGAUGAUUUUGAAGAUGAAGAUAAUGAUACACCUUUGAAAACUAAAGAGGAAGAGACUAGUUCCAAAGAAAAUUUCAAGUCGCAUAAAGGAGAAGAGAAAACUGGCAUGCUUGCUAAUGUGGUCCUGCUUGAUUCUUUAGAAUCCAUUGCAGAGGUCAAUCUUGAUGAAGAGGAUAAAGCAACAUCUAAGUCCCAGGCCCUGCCAGAAAUGAUUGAUAAUGAAAUGACAGGGACAGUAGGUGUUUCUUAUGGACAAAGCAAUAGUGACAUUGAAGCUCUACAUCAAGCUUAUCAUCAUGUCGCCCAUUCUUUGGGAGAUACGGAUGAACAAAGAAUUGAGGGUUCUGCAGUAGAAAAUAUCAAGAACUCGGUGAAAGAUCAUCUUCAAGAAAAUGAAGAAUCCUCUAAAAAUAUUUCUACUACAGAAUCUGAUCUGCCCACAGUAGAAGAGCUGAUGAAACCUAUCAAAAUUGAUGCUUUUGGGGUCAGUGGUUUUGACUUCAAAUCUAUCAGCUCUAAGAAACUGGCUGACAAUAAAGAAACUGAAUUUAUUAACCCUUCACCUCUGAAAAUAAACCCAAAUGUUAUGUCUCAAGAGGCACAAAAUAUAAGCCAAUUUUUCAACAAAAAUGAAGAAAAUAUUGUUUUACAGAGAACAAAUGAAGGUAUAGAAAAUAGCUGUCUAAGUGCAAAUACUACAGAAGAACAUAUUGAUAGAAUGUACCUUGAUAUUUUGAGGAAAAAAAUAUCUACUGCUCCUUCAUUACCUCAGGAUGACAAAAUUAAAAAGACCUCUAAAUCUCAGAUCAGUUCUGGAGAAGAAGAAGCAGUAAGUGAUAAACAGGUACCAUACAAGAAGGCCAAAAGUGCACCACCUUUACUUAAAAGAAAACCCCUGAGUGGAUUAUAUGCCUCAGUUAGAAGUUCAGGAUAUGGCAAACCUAGUUCACCAUUCAAGACAUUUUCUACUCUUGAAAAGAAAACCUCAAAGGAUAUCAUGAAAAACAAAAAUGUAAGGACUGUCCCCACCUCAAAUCAAGCUCGGAAAAAAGAAAUCUUCUCUGGAACAAAACUCAUUAGGCCUUCAGGACUGAGUAAACCAGUUUCCCAAACUGAAAGUAUUCUAGAUACUCCUAAGAAGUCAGAAUAUCAUCUAGAAAUUGAUUCCUGUAUUCAGUUUCAUAAUGAUUCUUCAGGUUACCAAGGUGAGAACAAGGAAACAGAAUUACUUAUGUUUAAAAGAGUUCAAGAAACAGAGGAAAAAUGGAGAGGUGCACAAGCCCUAAUUGAGCAAAUUAAAAUUACAUUCUUGGAAAAAGAAAGAGAACUCGAAAAGAAAAUGGAAGAACUAAAGAGCAAACAGGAAAAGGAACUCUUCAAACUGAACCAGGACAAUUACAUUCUUCAAGCCAAGUUAAGUAGCUUUGAAGAAGCAAACAAAAAACAAAGGUGGCUACAUUUUGAAACAACUGAUCCUGCUACUGGAGAAAAAUUGAAGCAAAUCCAAAAAGAAAUACAAGAACAGGAGACACUUCUUCAAGGAUAUCAGCAGGAAAAUGAAAGAUUAUAUAAGCAAGUGAAAGAUCUCCAAGAACAAAACAAGAAAAAUGAAGAGCAAAUGUUCAAGGAAAAUCAGAAUUUGUUCAGCGAGUUAGCUUCCUUAAAAGAGCAGCUGAACAAAAAGCGUUUCCUGUCUCAAGUAGUUGAAGAUUCAGAACCCACCAGAAACCAGAGUUUUACAGAUCUAUUAACAGAACUGCGAAUGGUACAGAAAGACAAAAGCAGCUUACUGGAAGACAUCAAAAGAUUAAAGCAAGACAAACAAGCUCUUGAAGUAGACUUGGAGAAAAUGAGGAAAGAGAGAGACCAAGCCAAAGACCAGGUUGCUUAUGCCACAGGUGAAAAACUGUAUGAAAUAAAAAUUUUAGAAGAAACCCAUAAACAAGAAGUCACUCGUCUCCAAAAGAGAUUACAGUGGUAUGCUGAAAAUCAGGAACUUCUGGAUAAAGAUGCAAUUAGGCUUAAAGAAGCAAAUGAAGAAAUUGAGAAGCUGAAGCUUGAGGUUGAGAAACUAAAAGCCGAAUCUGGAAGUCCAUCUAUUCAGCAAAAGAUACGUUUAAAAGACAGAGCAGCUGAUGCCAAAAAGAUUCAGGAUCUAGAGCGACAAGUUAAGGAAAUGGAAGGAAUUAUAAAGAGAAGAUAUCCCAAUUCUUUACCUGCUUUAAUAUUGGCUGCAUCAGCAGCUGGUGAUACAGCAGAUAGAAAUACAGUAGAAUUUAUGGAAAGAAGGAUAAAAAAAUUAGAAGCUGACCUUGAGGGCAAAGAUGAAGAAGCAAAGAAAAGCCUUCGUACAAUGGAACAACAGUUUCAGAAAAUUAAAAUUCAGUAUGAGCAGAGACUAGAGGAGCAGGAACAGCUACUUGCCAACGAAUUGAAGGAGGCACCCCAGAACCAAGAGGACAAUUCCUCCAGGGUCAAAGCCUUAGAGAAGGAACUCAACGACCUUAAGGAAGCCCAUCAAAUCACUAUAAGAAACCUUGAGGCUGAGAUCGAUAUUCUUAAAAAUCAGAAUGCUGAUUUAGAACACAAGAAAAAUGAUAAAGAUGAUAAAGAUUUCCAGUCUAUAGAGUUCCAGGUAGAACAGGCACAUGCUAAAGCGAAACUGGUACGACUCAAUGAGGAACUGGCUGCAAAGGAGCGAGAAAUACAAAACCUUUCAAAAACUGUGGAGAGGCUUCAGAAGGAGCGGAGAGUGAUGCUUUCCAACCAGAACUCUAAGGCUAGGGAGGAGGCGACUCCAAAAAGGGUGAAGAAAGAUGUUUUGCUUCCAGGUAAAGGCAAUGCUGACUCCUUCCCUGGAAGCCUGAAUGGCAAACUUUACCAACCAUAUAUUUUUAUGGAUUCCGAUAUUUCAGAGGUCUUACAAGAAAACAGCAGAUUAAAACAUGAACUAGACGGGUUAAUUCUGGAAAGGAAUGAACUGAAGAAGAAAUCUGAAGUAGCGGUGAACCAACUUGAAAAUUCUAUGAGAAGGGUCAAGGAAGAUACUUCAGCACACAUAACAUCUCUCCAAAUAUCUCAUCAGAGGGAAAUAGAGAAACUCCUUUGCCAAAAUGCUGUCGAAAAUUCUUCUUCCAAAGUAGCUGAACUAAAUCGAAAAAUAGCAACGCAAGAGGUACUGAUAAAACAUUUCCAGUAUCAAGUUAGUGAGCUGCAAAACAAACAAGAGUCUCUUAUAGCUUCUCAAAUUCGAGAAGAAAUCCUGCAAAGAGAGAUUACAAAACUUUUAGAAGAAUUGCAAAAAGCCAAAGAAAACCACACACCAGAAAUGAAACAUUUUGCAGACUUAGAAAAAAAAAUUAAACAGAUGGAAAUGAGGCAUGAACAAAGAGAGCAGGAACUUCAGCAGAUCAUAAAGCAGACACGCCAAGUAGUAGAAUCUGAGCAAAGCAGAGAAAUUGAGAAAUGGAAAAGACUAGCCCAGUUAAAGAAUCGUGAGCUUGACAGAUUCCGCACAGAACUGGACUCGAUAUUGGAUGUUCUCCGAGAGCUGCAUCGGCAGGGGGUGAUUGUACCAGUUGCUUUUACAGAUGAAGGGAAUUCACCAGAGUACUAAUAGAGGCUUCUGCUUCAUACAACUGCAAAGAUAAGCCUGCAAAUGGAUGAUGGAUAGACUUGUGCCAUUGUCAGAAAAAAGCUUUUGAAAAUAAGUGUGCGCUGUGUAGCCAGAGAACUAACAACCCAAAAGCAACAUUUCAAAAUAAAUUGCCCGUAUCCAAUAAGGAAAAAAGAAAGCAACAUAGUAUAUAUUACUGAAAAAUCAUAAGCUAGUUGCAUUGUAAAUAUUUAUGGAUAAGGCCCAUAGAUCCAGAUGAGUAGAACUAGUGAGAUUUACUGGGGGGUGGGGGAAGGUUCUUAUUUAUAAGCUAGAUAUGGAGAGAAAGAAAAAAAAUUAUAUACUACCACUGUUGAUCAAGUUUGGAUUUUUAAUUCUUGCUGCUGGAAAAAAAAUAAUCUCUUUUUUAUCAAAGAAGCAUAGAGAAGAAUGUGAGCAGAGCAGUGUGGACAAUUCCAUCAAUCAUUACCUGAAUACUGGAGCUUCCACAAUAAUUUAGACAAGAAUUGUAACUUCCUUACAAGCAGACAGUGAACUCUUGUAUUCUCCCACAUUUCUAGUUCUACCUCUCUCUGCCUCAUUUUUGCACCUGAUUAUUAGGUAAAGUAUUUCAUAAGUGACCAGGGAAUCUAUACAUCUUUUGUAUCUUUUGUGCAAUGUGUCUUAAAUGCCUACUCAUUUUGUAACUCUGAAUUUCAAGAUUAUAAAUAACUUAAUAACAUUUCUGCUUUCUCCAGCUAAAGCAGCAAUACAUGUUAAUUAGGAAAAAAAUACUCUACAAAAGCAUGCAUGAUAGUAACUAAAUUCUUAUUUUAUUUUCUCCAUGUCUAAAUGCAGAGGUUGAGUAUACAGUGUUGAUCAGUUAGAGUUGCAGCCACUUUCAAAUACUCUAAAUGAGUCUGGUCAAUAAUAGGAUAAGGUGAAUUAUAAUAAUUUUAGUUGAAAUUUUCAUAUUAAAGGAUUAAAGAAAAAAUUAAAUUUAUGUAGACUAAUAUUUUAAUAACAAAGUGAAAUUUCAUUUUUUUCGUACUAAAUUUUUUUAAAAUCUUGUAUAAUUUGUGGCAAUCUCAAUUUAGAUUAGCCAUUUUCCAAGUCCCAGUAACAACUUGCUAUUCAGUACCUCUGUAGAACUAUGGUUAUAAAGUGCAAUGAAGCAGUAAUUAUAAAGCAAAGGUUUGUGAGCUCUUAGCAGAAUUGUGGGUAGCAACUGUGAAAUGUAAGAAAUGAAAUUUUUGUAUUAAAGUUUUUUAAUGUCCUUUUCCCUAUAUUGGGUGGAAGAAUUUCAAAUUAUAAUAAAACCUUAACUGUU